UUUUACGGUACGGUCUCUUAAAAAUACCACAUGAUUAGUUAUAAAAAAAUAAAUAUCUAUCAAACGAAAUAAGACAUAUUAAUAUUUAGAUACCCUGAACACAAUAUAUUAACAAUUUUAUAAAAUAUAUUACUGGAAUGGUUGAUGUCAAAGAGGAAAUAGCCCACAAAUAUUUUUCGCUCUCAGAAAUAAAUGAGCAUAAUACAUAUGAUACAUUAUGGGUGCUCAUUCAUGAUAAAGUUUAUGAUGUUACCAAGUUUAAAGAUGAGCAUCCCGGAGGUGAAGAGGUAUUAUUGGAAUCAGCUGGGAUGGACGCGACUGAUAAUUUUGAAGAUGUCGGGCAUUCGACUGACGCGCGCGAACUUAUGAAGACUUAUUGCAUAGGAGAACUUAACCUGGAAGAGAGAUGUAAAAUAGGGAACAUUCCUGGUAAAGACGUUAGCCUAGAUACCAAGAGCGUCGGCAACAAUUUACCCAUGAUCAUGAUUGGAACGGCCAUUGUUGGGGCAUUGGUGGCCAUCAUAUCAUACUUUAUUAUAUUCAAAGACAAAAGUCAUCUUUCUUGAAGGAAAACAAAAUACACGAUAAUAAAAUUAUAAAGAAUUUAAUAAAAAAUAAACUAAACUAUAUUAAAAAACAUUGGUAUUUUUUAUUUUAAUUUAAACGACGAUAAAAAAGGUAAAUUUUUUUUAAAAAAAAAUCCAACAAAUGAGAUUGAAUCAUUUUUGAUUUGCGCGUCUAGAUUGGUUAGUGUUGUUAAACUACCUAAUUCGUUCUAACCAGUCUCCAAGUUGAGACUCAACUUAGAAGCCUAAUUCAAUUUUUUAGGCUAAAAGAUUGAUUAAGCUACAAUAGAGAUGGUUAAAGUUAGGAAAUUUAACAGCACUACGAUUGGUGAUCUAUUACCGUGUGAAUUUAUUACUUUUUGAAUAGAAAUAAUUAUGAAAAAUUUUUAAAAAAGAAAAAGGGUUUUAUAAAUCUACGAAAUAAUAUGUCUCGCAAAAGGAAUUUUUUUUAAAAUAUUUUAUAAUAGUAUUUAUCUAAAUUUAUUUUAUAAAGCAUAUAACACCUUAUAAUUAAUUAUGUGAUUAUAUUUUUUAAGCAAAAAAAAAAACUCUUUUAUUUACAUUUUUCUAAUUUGUCCAAAAUUUGUUAUCCGUCUUAAAAAAAAAUUUUUUUUAUACUCUUAAUUUAGUGUUGUUAAAGGACUCGUUUUAAGCCUUAUUUUUUAAAAAAAUGGCUAACUCAAUAUUUUAGCCAG